GUGUUUUGAUUGCGUGUGUGUGCCCGAGGAGGACUUGGUUGCACGGGGCUGAAGAGGGACGAUUGCAACUCAGUUUGAAAGAACGGAAGCUAUCCUUAAAUAAAUAAGAACUCCAGUGUGCCGCCUGAUCUUCGGAUUUUGUUGCAGGAUUAUUACGGGAUCUCUGCUGACUCGGGAUUUACUUCGGAGUGGAGGUAUAUGGAUGGCGGAAUUUCCAAAGCGGGAGGCAAACUCCUGGCAGGAUCUUGGAUGUAAUCUUGCACAUGUUGCUGUUUAGAAGCUGUCAAUUGAUAGUGAUAGUGCCCCUGGAACGGUUCGAGGACUGUGUGCAGGAUGUGGACUUGAAUGAGUUCAGUUUCGAUUAAGUUUAGUCGCUGAAUGUUCAACGUGUGCGUGUUUCACGUGGAGCUACGAUGUCGAAGUGAACACUUUCUCUCCCAAAUGCUGCGCGAGAGCCCGAGGACGGCCACCCUCGGCUGCGCACGUUGGGCGCACCGCGCACCAUCCGCACGUCUCGGCCGCCGAGUCUAAAAAAAAAACAAAACAACCCAUGUGGCACCCUCCGAGAGCCGGACGGGACCGACGCGACGCAUUCGGGACGGUCUAGGUUGUCGUAUGUUCAGGUCGAGACGCUCCGGGCUCGUACGGCGACUGUGGAGAAGCCGUGCGCUCACUCAGAGCGAUGGAAGCGGCCGAGCUGAGGGAGGAUGUCCGUGUGGCUCCGGGCUGCCCAGAAAGGAACAGGGGCCGGUGACACGCGCCGGGGGAGACCCCGCGGGGGAGGUGGUGGAGAAGGAGGAGGGGGAGCAGGCUGAAGACGACCCGGGUGCCUCGGGUCGCACAGGCUCUCGCCGUGGACAGGAGGUGGACAGGACGGUGACCUGUUGUUUGUUUGGGGAGUGGGAUCGCAGACCUCGCAGCCCCCACACGGUCACCCCAAAAGACAACAGGGGUUCUUGUGAGUGUGACCUCGUGAAUAUUGCCUACGCUUUUCUCAAAAGACUGCCGGAGAAAAGUCUGGAUCCGCUGCUGAAGGCUGUGGAGUCCAAAGGAGGGGUGCCGAGCGAAUGCGUCAUGGUGCCGGGCACUGAGCUUUGGUUGGGGGCUCAUUAUGUCUCGCCUCAGUACCUCCUGGGUCUGAUGUACCGAUGGAGCGACCUGCCGCCCUCAGCCCGACUCAAAGUGCUCCACCACUGCCAAAGUUUUGAAGGGGGGGACGAUGGGAAGGUGUGCUGCAACCCUUACCACUACAGCAGGUUAUGUGGGCCAGAGUCACCUCCUCCCCCAUAUUCGGUGUCCCAUUCGGAUGAACACAAGCCACUGGACUCUAUACUGUCUUACACUGAAACUCCGUCCUCUCCCAUCACACCGACCGACGACACAGAGACCGGUACCUCCCUGGGCUCCCUGGGCUCCUCGACCUCCAGCGAGCAUCCUUCUCACUGGUGCAGCGUUGCCUACUGGGAGCAGCGCACACGUGUGGGUCGCCUUUACCCAGCCUACGAAGCCUCGCUCAACAUCUUCUAUGACCUACCUCAGGGCACGGGCCUCUGCCUCAGCCAGCUCCACACCAACGCCAACCACAGUCGCCGUGAGAACCGAGGCAGCCAUGGCACAGCUAUACUUCCAGCCUACCCCACUCAUGGAAGGAACAGCAGCAGCAUCCAACAGAUCCGCAGUAAAAUUGGCCACGGCAUUGUGCUGAGCCGUGAGCCCGACGGCGUGUGGGUGUACAACCGCAGCCAGCACCCGGUGUUCGUCCACUCGCCCACUCUGGACCUUCUCAGCGCUCGAGGGAUGAGCGUGAAGAGGGUGAUGCCGGGCUUCUCCCUCAAAAUGUUUGACUAUGAGUGCUCCAACUGGAUGGCUGAGAAAGGCCUGAAGCCUGAAAGCCAGGAGGGGCCCUGGGACCCCCACAGUGUUCGUAUGAGUUUUGCUAAAGGAUGGGGCCCCUGCUACUCGAGACAGUUCAUCACUUCCUGCCCGUGCUGGCUAGAGGUGCUACUUAACACCCACAGAUAGCACCCAGCCUGGAUCCAAAUUGUAAUCCUCCGAGAUUUAAUAUAAAGCUUAUAUAUUUUAUAAAAUAUAUUACCAUGUAAAUACUUCAUUUCGUCAUUUUACAAUGCAACUAUUUAUGUGUAGUGUCAUGUGUUUAUGGACAAAACAAAAAGGAACAAGAAUAUGCACUUUUCAUUCUUUCUAUAUGCAUUACAGAGUUUCUCAGUGUCAUUUUGCAAAUGUAAAGAUAUCCACUUUAUGUUUUCAUAAUUUCACCAUUUCAAAAUAUGCCUUACACAUGUCAAUAAAGCAUUUGUAUUCAAUUAAA